GCACGCCUGUCCAGGAGAUUUGCCUAUUUAACAACCGCUUGAAUGAAUCUAUAUUAUACUGUCCAGGGAAGUUGGAAGCGGACGUGGAGUUUCACUCCUUUGCUGUUUUUUAAAUAAUCUUCAGGUCCUACUUCUAAUGAGCUCAUGGCGCUAAGUGUGACUCCUGUUUGUCAAAAGCGACGAUUGACAGUGAACAGUUCGAGCUACGUCCAUGGAUGGCGUAAAUCCCAACCAAAAUGGCCGCCGUAGCUCCAAUUCCCGGUCAAAUAAACCAGGAGAACAGCGAUGAUGAACCCGCGCCCGACGACGAGAGACAAGUGACGCCGUUCAGCAUUCACGACGUGCUCAAAAAGGAAAGAGAAGCCAGUCCAGAAAAUGUCUUCGCCACGGAUAAACUCCUACAGAGCACUCCCAACUUCGAAGAUGCCUCGAACCCUGAAAGCCUACGAUUGGACGACACAGAGAUAAGUGUUGAUGACAAUUCGUGUAGCAGCAAUGACACAGUGUUGUCUGUGGGUAACGAGAACCCAGUAAAUGAUGAACUGUCCUUCAAACAUAUACAAACCCACCUAAACGCCAUAUCGCAAUUGAGUCACUUUAACACACCUUUGCUGCUACGACCAAAUCCCAUACCCAUGUUCUUGAACCAGUCAUUUUAUCCCCAAGUCAAAUACCAACAGAACGAAGAGAGAAGAGAGGAUACAUACAGAAGGGAACAGAAGGAGGAGAGGGAUUUUAAUCCAAACCUGAAGUUUAGUAUUGAUAAUAUAUUAAAGGCAGAUUUUGGUAGACGUAUAACUGAUCCGCUGAAGAUUAGGAAAAAGAGGUUUGAGGGGAAGAAGGAAUUUAAGGAGGUCAGCCAGGUUAGACAGGAGGUCAGGCAGGAGGUGAGACACGAGAUUAGAACAGAUGUCAAGGAAAAAGGAGCGAUUGAUUUGUCUAAAGCAGAUGACAGUCCGGCGUCCAGUGGAGGGACAACGAGCAGUGAAGGACCAAUGGUGUGGCCUGCCUGGGUGUACUGUACCCGAUACAGUGACAGACCCAGUUCUGGUCGAAGCCCUCGGACGAGAAAGCCGAAGAAGCCGCCUGGAGAUACCAAUAAUGAUGAAAAGAGACCCAGGACAGCCUUCUCUGGUCCUCAGUUAGCUAGAUUAAAGCAUGAGUUCGCUGAAAACCGGUACCUGACUGAACGUCGACGCCAGGCGCUGGCUGCAGAACUAGGCUUGGCAGAGGCCCAGAUCAAGAUCUGGUUCCAGAACAAACGAGCCAAAAUCAAGAAGGCUUCAGGGCAUCGGAACCCUCUGGCUCUGCAGCUCAUGGCGCAAGGACUGUACAACCACAGUACGAUACCGUUGACGAAGGAGGAAGAGGAACUGGAAAUGAAGGCAAGAGAAAGAGAACAGGCUCGACAGUGAAGGGAGGGUUUUGUGGAUUCUUUGAUGAAAGGACAGAAAUUUGUGGUACUCGUGUACUCAGAGUUACUAAAGAUGUUAUGUUCCUGAAAGUUAUAAUAUCGGUACAAAAUCUUGUACUUCUGCUGGUUUCAGCUCUAUGUCUACUAAAUGUAGCUCUACUAAAUGCCUGUUGAUAUAAAGGCAUGUUGAUUUAAGCUAUAAAUUAAUGAUCGACUCUGAGUAAGUAUUAAGUCAAGUAUUCUAGAAUAAAUUCGAUGUAAUACACUUAUUGGCUUUUAACUGUAAAUAUGCAUUGAUCUAUCUCUUAGUGGAAUGCAAGAGAUGGAUAAUAGAGGUUUUCCUUUGAUUGUGAUUGGUGACCUGUUAAGCCAUGACCGCUACCACCUCCUUCAUAUAGUAGUAACGGUGUGUUGGUAGAAGAAUCAGAUUUUCUCGGGUGCAGAAGAGUUUCUGCAUCUUACAGGAGACACGCUUAACGAGACUGACGGUCCAGUAAUUGAGAGGCACCAAAAGAGCAGAGUUUCAUCAUUGGUCGUCGAGCCAUUUGAAAUUCUACCUGUUUCACCUCCACAUCCCUUCCACAACUGGGUUUUAAUGGAGGAGCGCACCACAACUGUGGAAUCAGCUCCCUUGUAUUUCGAACCAAUUCAAUUCCAAUUCAAUAAAGAGCGUUUAAAUUCUUAAAAGGCCGACAAUGCACUAACGAGAGGCAUUGAUAGAUUAACAUCAGAUGAGCGAUGCCACUGUUCCAAAAAAAAUUAUCCCAUAAAACUUUGGAAAUCUGCACUUUAGGCUAUCAAACUAUUCAGGGACAUCUGGUAAGUCUCUAGAGAUUACCAAUUGCUCCCUGUAAGAGAAUUACUAUUGGUCAAAAUACUGCAACGGGAGACACAGGGAGCGCUGGGAGUUUCUCGUUUCCGAUGCCAAGUUUCCGGGUUUGAGAGCCAGACUGUGUAUUGAUCUAGAGAUCGACCAAUCACAAGCAAACGAAAUCGUAAUGUAAGACGUUACUCGUUAAUUAGAAACGUUUAGGUUGAUGCUAAAACAUUCAUGUCGUCGUCUAUGUAUGAAAGUUAAAUCGCUCCAAUUUGAAGCUACCGCAUUUACUACUGAUCCUGCCGGAACUACUUGCUCGUCUCGCCACUUGUCUGUCGACGGUCUGAGUGUUAUAUUUGUCAAAAUUGGUUAGACUCAUCGUGAUUUUCUGUCGGAGGAAUUAGCACCUUCCGUCCACAUGUCGCUACAGUCAGUAGCCUGAAACGCCCAAAUAGUUCCUGUUGGGCCUAUAUACAUCUCAAUAAUCUAACUAGUCCAACCAGGACUAGUAAACCAACCGGAAAACUUCUCUCUCCCGACGUUGACAUGAUCGGACUAGAAGCCUGCCUGAAGCUGGCCCCCAGACCAACAGAAUAAAGGCAGUCACUGGUUAGUCUGAUGGAGGAUCAUCCCUUUAGGUCGAAAGACUUUCCUUCAACACGAACCUAAUUGGUUUUUGUUAAACAGACGACGUUAUAGCUCUCUUCUAAAAAGCGCUCGUAUAGAUUGUUAAUCAAUCCAAUCCGAAUUCAAACCCCAGAUAUCCAAAAUGUGUUAAAUUUGAUUAUCUAGAUCGAUCUAUCUAUUCAUACCCAUAAGUUAAUCUUACGAAGAGAUUUAGGAAGCAGUAGAUAUAGUAUUCUGUGUUUCUCAUCAUGUGUUACUGCGUCAAAGGCCUUAGUAAAAUCCAUACAUCCGUUAGCAACACUCCUGUUAUAGUGUUAUUGGUCUUUGCUGUGAUGCAAGUAAGAGAAACUAAGAGAGCCUGGUUUAUGGUGUAAUGCUAUAAAUAUUUGGUAUUACGAGCGCGAUUUUCAAGCCCACUGGAAUUGUAUUAAAAUGUAAAUAUAUUAAGUUAUUUAUUGUGCAAUUUAGUAUUAGAUAUUUUUCGGAUGUAUUAUUGAUUUGAUGUACAAACAUAGAAUAGGUUGAAUAAUAUAGCCGAAAAAAUG